GCUCAAGGAGGUUGGUCACGUGACCCGGAGCGCUCGCUGCAAUAUAAAUGGCCCCUAAGAGGGUCCAAAGUGUGGUUGAGAACUGUCAAGAUGGCGGUGACGGUUAGCAACCGCUGCAGGGGGAUUCUGGCGGCUGGACUCUUUCGCAAUCACGUGGCCAUCGUGACGGGCGGGGGCACGGGCAUCGGCAAGGCCAUCGCCACUGAACUGCUGCAUCUCGGUUGUAAUGUAGUUAUUGCCUCUCGUAAACUUGACAGAUUAAAAGCUGCAGCGGGAGAGUUAGCUGCUGAAAUUCCCUCCACCAGUUCUGCCCAGGUGACUCCUAUACAAUGCAACAUUCGCAAAGAAGAAGAGGUAGAGGCACUGGUGAAAUCAACAUUAGAUCUUCAUGGUAGGAUAGAUUUUUUGGUUAACAAUGGAGGAGGGCAGUUUAUUAGCCCAUUUGAACUAAUAAGUGCAAAAGGCUGGCAUGCUGUUAUUGAAACCAACUUGACUGGAACUUUCUAUUGCUGUAAAGCAGUGUACAAUGCUUGGAUGCGGGAUCAUGGGGGUGCCAUUGUCAAUAUUGUGGCUAAUACGAAGAGAGGUUUGCCUAGCAUAUCGCACAGUGGAGCAGCAAGAGCUGCAGUUGAUAACCUGACCAAAAGUUUAGCCAUUGAGUGGGCAUUCAAAGGAGUGAGGAUUAACUCUGUUGCCCCGGGAGUUAUAUUUUCAGAAACUGCUGUUGCAAACUACAAAGAUGGUGAAACUUUGUUUAGAGACAACAUUAAAAAGAUUCCUGCAAAGAGAUUAGGACUUCCUGAAGAGGUAUCAUCUUUGGUGUGUUUUCUGCUUUCUCCAGGUGCCUCCUUUAUAACUGGAGAAACUGUGAAUGUUGAUGCAGGACAAGGCCUAUACAGUUGCUUAUGGAACAUUCCAGAUCAUGAUAGAUGGCCCCCAGCACCAGAUGGACAUAAUGCCAAGGCUUUCAGAAGCAUACUUUCAGGAAAACCUAAAUCAAAAUUAUAAUUCAAAGAAAUAGGAUUUGUCUACAUUUUAUUAGAAAAAUGCUAUUUUUCAGUAAUUAACUGCAAUUUUUAAAAUCUAUGCCUUAGAAUAAAAAUACUUACCUUUUUAAUGAAAGAACAUUCACUAAGCCCAAUUAUAUGGAACCACAUUAUAUGAAAUUACAUUAUUGAAUGUAUUCAUUGCCUGGUAAACAUUAUUGGGUAAACUGAAAAGCUUGUUACUGUUCUGUAAACCUUUCUAUACUAUUAGUGUAUUUGCCUCUGUGAUCUAUGAAUAUCCUCUGAAGAAAGUGGAAUUGCUGUUUGUUAAAGCAUAGUAAAAUAAAUUUCUGUUACAUAAGAUUCUUGAAGAAAGUGAAACAUCCAUUGCUCACCUGUAUUGUAUCCAGAGCCCUAUACAUUAAAUUGUGAGGUUUUGACUUUAA